UACCAUCAGUUCCGCGUAGAGACGGGAGUGAGAGUAAUCGUGUGUCCGUGCCAAUCGCCCACAACUGUGUUUUGCUUUUUUUGUCUUUGGACUCAGCUCAGUUGGGACUUAGUGUUUUGAACAUUAAAAUAAAAAACAAAGUAAGCAAGCUCUUGAUUAGAACAUGUCUGCCAGUGGUUCCGGAACUAAAAAGCAAAAAUUAAACAAUUCGUCGAGCCUAGUGUGCAACGGUACCUCCGGGAUGCACAAUGGAACUCAUCACAUUCGUAAUCCGUUGAUCGUACAGCCCGAAAUGGCUUUCUACUGCUUUGACGUUUUGUACUCUCAGUUGCAUCAAAUCGAUCCACCGAAAUCACCCAAUUUCAGCAACGAAGCGUUCCCUCUUUUUGUCACAUGGACGAUUGGCAAGGACAUGCGACUAAGAGGCUGCAUCGGGACCUUCAAUGCUAUGCAUUUACAUCUAGGACUCAGAGAAUACGCUGCCACCAGCGCUUUCAAGGAUUCCCGUUUCAAUCCAAUCACGCGUGAGGAACUUCCACGAUUGCACGUUACUGUAUCGUUGCUGAGACAUUUUGAGGAUGGAGUUGACUACCUCGACUGGGAACUUGGUGUGCACGGAAUCCUCAUUGAAUUUCACAAUGAAAAAGGAAAUAAGAGAACAGCUACUUAUCUCCCAGAUGUUGCGACUGAACAAGGAUGGGACCAGAUACAAACGAUAGACUCGUUACUCCACAAAGGUGGUUACAAAGGACUCGUAACCCCUGACAUAAGACGAAGUCUUAAACUCAAGCGUUACCAGAGUGAAAAAAUAACUGUGAGCUAUCACGAGUACAUGACACAUUGGCAGAACAGAAGAUGCUAGCAAAUGGCCUGGAAUCCUUCGCGGGAUCCCAUGCCUCAUAUUUCCCCGAUGUCCGUAUGUUACAAUAGUCCAUUUACGAACGAGACAUCGCAGUCAGGUUACAAUAACGUACAACAAAUAAAUAGUACAGCUAGUGCGCAACGGGGUAUGUUCAUGAUCGGGAGACGUCCCGAUCAUUCCUAUCUGCAAUCGGGGACAACGAAUAGUUUUCAAAAUUCGGUCGUACCACCGAUUGACAGCAAUGCGGUAAAUUGGUGGAAUCGAGAUCAACCGAAUGUCUCGACGUCAAAUCCUUGUUCGUGGAUACAGCCUUUUCCUCUUUCAUCGAGUAUGGAACAACAACCUCGUUAUCGCAAAUGACACUGGCUAUCUAUUCCGUUCCAAAUCUUUCGUUGUUUAAACUGGUGCCUCGUUCAUGUCUUAUGUAACAUCGUACAUAUUAUCCGUGUUAAUUUCACUCACGGACCAUCCUGAAAUUCGUAGAUGAAACAAAAAGCUAUCUUUCGGGGAGUCGAUUGACCUCCCUUGAUCUCUUUUAAAAGCUUCAAUAUCUGAUCCAAAAUAAUAAAAAUCUCAAUCAUCGUUAGAGUAUUCAAAACGAAAAAGAAUUGGUAUUUUUGAUCGACCUAUAUCGGAGAAAUUCAAAUUCAAUCGAAUUUCAUGAAUUUCGUGAAUCGAUGGGUGCUUCGGAUACGACUUUUAUAAUAGCAAAAUCGAUGCUAGCUCAUCCAAUCUUAAGUACCAAUAGACAAGGACUCAACUGUAUUCAUUCAAUUGAAAUCUCGCUACGAUAAUAACAAUGACGUAUUUAGUAGUCAACAUAUUCUAUCAAAGCUUGAUUUUUUUUAUUAUUUUGGUUCCAAGCAACGCACUAAUUUUGACACUUAUCGUUAAACUUAAAGUUUAAACUUAUCGUUUUUUUUUCGUCGUAAAGCUCUUUUUCAUUAUGGAGCUCGUUGAAAAUCCAUGUUUCAUACACGAAGUAAGCCAUCAUGAAACAUGUCGAAUGACCACUUCAAUCGUUCGUCGUUGUUUGUUAUCUCGAUUUCAUGUGGCUUUUAGAACAAUGGUGAGAUAAAAAAUCUCCGUAAACCCAUCGAUUCUCAAUCGAAUAUCUUUGCAACAGAAGAGUAAUCCAAGCUCAAUAUCUCAGUUCUUCUUACUCGAAAAUUUCAGAUUGUAUCGAUUGAAUUUGAAAGAAACGUCAGAUUUGAAAUUGACCACAUAAAAUAAAAGUCAAACGACUGAUCGAAAUUAGUGUAAAUAUGGGCCUGUAAAAUAAAAGAACGGCAUGCUUCUUGUUGAUAUCACUCCUUGUUCAAAAGAUUAGAUAAUCGAUCAUUACUUUUCCGUUAUAGAAUUAUUCGCAGUUAUGAUAAUCGCUUCGAUUUUUUUUUCAGAUAAUAUAGAAAUUACGCAACACUAAUAAGAGUUUUAAUGGACUAAUUUGAUGAACUCAUAAUGAAUGGAUGGAAUAAUUGUUGUGUGCGAUUUGUCGUUACGAUUAUAAAUUAAAAUUUAAAAAAUAUUAUUUUACGAUAAUAGUGGAAGACUUCCAAGGCUAUGGGAACGGGAAAUAAAAAAUUUAAUUCGAUUCACGUCUGCAGCUGUGAAUAUGAUGGGUGGGAAUCAGAAUUUAGAAUAUAUAGAUAUACAGAAUGCCUGUUCGAAAUUUUAGUCGUUCUAACUUCUGACCCCUCACCCAAAAAAACUAAAGAAACGACGACAUCAGCGUAGUGUCCAAUUGUUGUGCGAUAUGCAACAAUCCCGAGACUUUACCGAGUUCUGUGAUUUCACAACGUUGCAAGACGAUUAAGCAUGCUUUGCUACGCGUCAAGUAUGAGUGAGUCGAAAUUACCAUUGAAAAUGCGAAUAUGUCCGCCCAAAUAUUGAAACGGACGACACGGCAAUAUAUUAGGAAAAAAUAAGAUAGAAAAAAAAGUUAUGAGCGCACAAUGUUCGCUGUUAUAGCUAAAAAAAUAUUACGUUCGACGAAUUUGAAAACUCGAUACAGAUCGAGUGACGAUUGAAUUUGACGCGUUCAUGCGAAUUCAUAAAAUCUUUCAGACACAUUGCAAGUCACGAAUGGGAUUUGCAUCGUUGGAAUUUAGCAGAAUUUUAUUCUUGAAUUUGCUUACAAAAUUCCCAUUGGGAUUUCAUCUAUGAAUUUGGAUAAAUGUCAAAAUAGAUUUAUGCCAUUUUUGCUCUGAGAAUGUGCAUAGACGUGUCCAAUGUUGAGCAAAAAAAAACAUAUUUUUUUCCAGCCAGCGAUGCAAACUUCAACGUUGUUACUAACGAUCAAUUUGAUCCGACUUUGUGAAGCAAGUUUUCGUGUACUUUAAAAAAAUGGAUAUAAGCACGUUGGGUGAUGAUUGUACAGAGAUUCAAGUGUGAAUAGCAAGAAAAUAGCAAACUCUGAGUGAGACGAUUUUGUCAUUGGAAAGACCGAUUUCACACAUUGCUACAGAAUAAAAUGAAAGAAAUGUUUAAUUUUUCGUCAUUAUUCAGACUGUUGUGACAAUUGUAUGGAAAAUCUAAAAUAGAUCGUUUCUUCAAGUGUUUCGAUUGUUUGUUCAAUUUUACGCCGACUACUUUUGGAAUGCCACACAGCUUUUGACAUUUCUGUUCUCCUGGUCAAGUGUCGCUUUGUUUAAUUAAUAAAGCGAAAAAACACUUCAAUGAAGUUUCCCUUUUGAAUUUCCCGUACGAUCAUACUUCACGUGAAUUUUUAUUGGACGAAUUUCAUUGUUUUUCCUCUUGAAUUUUUGUUACUAGAAAUUUGUAUUAUUACUGUAGAAAAAUAUUCGUUAGAGUAGACUAUUUCUGUUUCUAAUUGGUCGUUUUUAUGCUCACUGAUGAGCAUCGAAAUGUUUCAAAGUGGCGAGUUUAAUUCUUCCGUGCAUCGUCAUUAACAUACCGGCUCUACUCGUAACCCUUAAAUCUUCGUUUCCAUUUCUCCUUGUCAGCUCAAUUUUAUUAGCUGGUUUCGUUCACUGCCAAUUCAUUCAUUGUCGUAAGCGAUCUAUUAUAAUUACCUAUACUUAUAAAAACAAAGAAAUAAAUAAAAAAAAGGAAUGAGAAUGAGGACAUUGAGUUGUUAAAAGUUUUGUUGAUCAAAUUUAAAGUUACUUAUGCACUAUUGAAUAUGCAAUUGCGCUGUUGUGUUGCUCUCGCUCCAAUCUACAAAUUGUACGAAGAAGGAGUGAGGGAGAGAAAAAGGCUUGUAAUGAGAGAAGAAUGAAGAAAAACAUGAUUUCAACUGCCAAUAGCGAAGUUAAUAAAAGCCUCAAUUUGAAUAGAUCAUUCAUCGAGCUAUUUUAAAUAUGAUCGUCAGUUUAAAUUCGUUGGAUCGAUCGAAUUUUUGUGGGAAAUUUAAUUUUUCUUCAGCUAAUUAUGUAACUUGUUACAAUAUUUAUGCUUGCUCUUUUUUUUAUUAGGGUGUCCAAGCAAUCUCGAAAAACUUAAUGAAAACCGACUUAGUCACAAUAUUGAACGACACGACGAAACGUUAUGUGCCUAUGUGAAUUCGGAUCAGCAAUUACAUGUAAACAAAAUUUUACUAGAUUCAACAAUAUAUAAAUAUAUGUAUGUAUAUAUUUCACACUA